AGAACCAAAAAAACAGAAGAGAAGCGAAACGAAGAAAAAACAAAAAUCCCUUUUGCCUUUAGGGCACAAAGGGGAAGCCUUUCAAGAGAUUAAAGAGAUUCUCUUUUACUGGGUAUGCAUUGAGAAUUGGGACUUUCAGGUUAUUGGUUCUUGAAUUGAAACUUGGGAUGUUGGUUUUAGCUCAAUAGAAUUGUGAAGUUUGCUUCAGCUGUAUAUUGUUGAAGAUGGGAUCCAAUAAAGGGUUUUCCCGUUCCGAUACGUUGGAGAUCAAAUCCCUCAUUUUCCGGGAAAUCGGGCAUCAAAGAGCUGAGAGUUACUUCGAUCAGCUCGGAAGAUUCUUUGCCUUGAGGAUCACCAAGUCUGAAUUUGACAAGUUCUGUAUCAAGACGAUCGGUAGGCAAAACAUUCCUCUUCAUAACCGUCUAAUACGUUCCAUCGUCAAGAACGCUAGUGUUGCCAAAUCUCCUCCAUCGAGAUAUCCAAAGAAAGGUGGGAACUUUGUCAGAUUCGGAAAUGGGAACUCGAAGAGCAAUCAAAUUCAGCCGCUUUAUGGGGAUUCUGCAAUCUCUCCUUCGACUCGCAAAUGCAGGUCAAAGAAGUUCAGAGACCGGCCAAGCCCGCUUGGCCCACUUGGGAAGCCUCAGAGUUUAACUACAACGAACGAGGAGUCAAUGUCUAAGGCACAAAGUGCUACUGAAUUGCUUUCUCUAGGAAGUAGACCUCCCGUUGAAGUUGCGUCUGUGGAAGAAGGAGAAGAGGUUGAACAAGUUGCAGCAAGUCCAAGUGUGCAGAGCCGUAGUCCAGUUACUGCUCCGCUCGGUGUUUCCAUGAGUCUUAGGGGUGGAGUCACUAGAAAGUCUCUUUCCAAUGUAUCUGUGUGUAGUAGUAGCAGUUUGAACCCUGAGACUUGUCAGAGCAGCGGUGAACUACCUGAUACAAGAACGCUGCGGAAUCGGUUGGAGAGGAGAUUGGAGAUGGAAGGGCUAAAGAUAUCUAUGGACUCUGUUAGUCUUCUUAAUAGCGGGUUGGAUGCGUUUAUGAGAAGGUUGAUUGAGCCUUGUCUGAGUUUGGCCAACACUCGAUGUGGGAAUGAACAAGUGAGAGAGAUGAAUUUCCAGUACGCACAUCAAAGCAGAAGGCUUUCGUAUGUAUCUAUGUCUGAUUUUCGUGCUGGUAUGGAGCUGAAUCCUCAGAUUCUUGGAGAAGAGUGGCCUAUACUUCUGGAGAAGAUAUGUUCACGUGCUUUAGACGAGUAAAGAAGAUUCAGCUACUAUACAUAGCAUUUGAUUAGACUCAUUGGAUAGAUAUACCUGAAGCUGAAAUUCUUUCCUGGAAUUUGGGUUUGUGAAAAGUUUUCUGGUUGUUGGUUCGCGCCGAGCCAUUGGAAAAAGUUGUUGAGAUGAUUCAAGUCACCAAAGGAAGUAGCUUUGAAGAGAACAAAGGUGGGUCUUAGUGUUGUACAAGUUAUGUUAGUAGAGUGAGAUUAAAUAGGGAUUUUAAGGUUAAACGCCAUUUGAUUAGCUGAUUGUUUUGUUUUACACUCCUGUGUCAUUUUCUUUUCCCUUUUUGCUCUCUGAUGUAACAAAAUUAAUAAUGAAAGCAAAAAAAAAGAAAAAUCAGUUUCGCUU